CAGUGGGAGGCACUGUGCCAGUAGGGCGUGUAGCAUACCACCUCCUUCGCUUUGGCACAGUGAAAGUCUCCGACUGUCCCCGGGCUCUGCCGCGGGUGCCAGUGCCCCCCUCUCUGUGCCAGGUUCACCCGGUCACUUCCGGUCUGUCUUUCUCUGCAGGGAUCUGCUUGGCAGCCGCGAGAUGGUGGACUACACCAGUGCCCGCGUCUACGUUGACAAAGACCUCUCUGCCCAUGACCAUUUCACCGCUUUGGGAAGCCUAUAUUUCCUGCACAAGUCCAUUCAAGACGUCUCCCAGUUUGAUUUUAAAGUUUAAAUGGUCUCGGAAAGGCUACAUCUGGACUCGCUGGAAAUUCCAGAAUCGCGUUUUUGACCUGGUGAACAUCCACCUCUUCCAUGACGCCUCCAACCUCGUGGCGUGGAAAAGCCCCUCCACCUUCCCUGGAAACCGGAGGAAGGCCCUGGGUUACGUGCUGAGCAGGAUCACAGAUGGCCGUUACAAGAGGGAGCCCUUCUUUAUUUUUGGAGACUUUAACGUACGGCUGGACGCACAGAGAGUGGUUGAGAGUUUAUGCAGCACGGCUUCCGUGGAGACUGUACUGAACAGAGAUACAGAGGAUGUGAAAAAGGUCAUCUUUCAGGAGAGGGACAAUGAUCACAAGGUCCUGCUGCGGAUAGAGUCGAAAACCUUUGAUUAUUUCGACCAGGACGUCUUCCGCCACAACAACGGGAAAGCGCUCCUGCAGUUCGACAAGGAGCUGGCCACCUUCUUCAAUCAGAUCUGCGAACUGGACAUCGAGUUCCCUCCCAGCUACCCGUACAGUGAAGUCAACACCGAGGGCACGCAGUACGCGACCACCCGCUGCCCGGCUUGGUGCGACCGAAUUCUCAUGUCUCCGGGCGCCAAGGAGAUUGUCGCCAAGGUAACCACCAAUCCCGCAGCGCCACUCCGUUGCCUGGCACCGGUCCGGCAUUGAGGGGCAGGGUUCGGA